GAGGUUUAAAGUGGGCGUCACUUCCGGUUUGCAGGUCAUAUGACCAAAUUGAAGUCGUAUGAUGUGAAUUGUUCCUGUUGUAGCCUUCACUAAUGGCACCGGGACACCGUGUUCAGUGGAAACACUUCACUGCGCUUUUGUAGGUGACCCACACACCAUGCAUCUACCAGGCCCUGCUUACAGCCCCACCUGCAGCUGAGCCUCCCCUCACCUCACCUCCCUGAGACACCAUGGAUCCGGUGCAGCAGGCCAGCCCUCCUCCCCAGCCCAGUGCAGAAUAUUUCUCCUGGGACUACCGACUCCAUCUCAUUUGCCUGGGCUUUGCAUUCUAUGCAGCAGUAUUCCUCAUCUCCCACCUCCUGUCUGUGACUGUGUCCCGCACCUACAACUCCCUGCUCGCUAAGGAGAAGGUUUUCUGGAACCUCGCAGCAACUCGGGCAGUGUUUGGCAUCCAGAGCUCCCUAGCAGGUCUCCGGGCCCUGACCGAGGAAUCUGAGUUAACCAGAGACCGAGUGCAGGGACAGGAGGACUGGUCGUGGUUCACUGUGCUCACAGCCACAGGUUUCUUUGUGUUUGAGAAUGUAGCACUUCACUCCUCCAGUGUGGUAUUUCGGUCGUUUGACCUCCCGCUGGCGACGCACCAUUUCUUCGCCCUGUCGGGAUAUGCAGGGGCGGUGGUGUGGGAUUCCCUGGGCCACUUCCUGCCGAUGGUCACGCUGCUCUUGGAGAUGAGCACGCCAUUCACCUGUAUAUCCUGGAUCUUACUGAAGGCUGGCUGGUCACGCACCCUGUUUUGGAGAGCCAACCAGUGGGUGAUGAUCCACACGUUCCACUGUCGCAUGGUGCUCACCUACUACAUGUGGUGGGUAGCCUUGACCAACUGGAGAGAGCUUAGCGCCCACGUGGCCCUGCCCCAGCUUCUGCUUUUCUUCACUGGCCUCGCUCUGCUCACGUUCAUCAUCAACCCCAUCUGGACGCACAAGAAGACCAUGCAGCUGCUUAACCCCGUGGACUGGAACUUUGGUAACAAGCCGGCACCCCUAAAUGGCGCCAUGCCGCCUCAGUCAGAGGUUUCUGUCAAACCCCACGCCAGCUGAGGUCAUCUCUUGUCUGAAUGGUGCCAUAUUUUCUUCUAUUUUAAUGGAUGGGUGAAGUCACUGUGAGAGUGUCAGUGAUGACACUAAGAUGUGUGUUUUUAAACUUUAUUCUUCUUUUUUUUUACACUAUAAGUAGACUUAAAAAGCCCCGAAAGGUUCGACAUGACUACUUUCUUGAUAAAGUUUGUUCCGGUGUUUUCCCUCAGGCUUUACUGUCAGGCAGUUUUCAUUUGAAUAAGAAUAUUAAUUUUCCAUCUGGUUAGCUUGGCUUCUAAUAUGUAGAGGCAGUGGAAAGGGGCCCUGCUUCUUUCCAUCACCUUCCAGACACUGUUGUGAAUUAUCCACUUAACCAGUCAUGUGAUUGGUUAUUUAAUUGUGAGACAACAACAAGAGACAACAUUAAAGGGCACGAACUUACUAAUUAAAAUCUUGUCUAUCAGAAAAUUCAGCUUCUAGAAUUUCAAAGAAGAAGAAGUUUAAAGAAAACACAACAAAAUGUAAAAUAAUACUGUGCAGUACUUAAAAUACAGUAUUUAAAGAUUUACAUACUAAAAUGAU